GCCGCGCCGGCCGCACGCGACAUGCGCGCCCUCUAGCGGAUUAUGUUCCUACCCGACCUCCCGCGAGCCUGCAUGGUGGACGACGUAGCAACGUAUCUCCAAGCGCCGUCCUCGGGACAGGACGAGUUCCAUCCGUUCAUAGAGGCCCUGAUGCCCUUUGUAAAGUCCUUUUCGUACACUUGGUUCAAUUUACAAGCAGCCAAACGGAAGUACUACAAAAAACACGAGAAACGGAUGAGUCUUGAGGAGGAGCGGCACACUAAAUAUGAAUUACAGAACGAGAAAGCAGAAGUAAAACAAAAAUGGGCUUCACGGUUACUGGGCAAACUGCGCAAGGACAUAACGCAAGACUGCAGAGAGGACUUUGUGCUAAGCAUCACCGGAAAAAGGCCAGCCGUCUGUGUUCUGUCCAAUCCGGAUCAGAAGGGGAAGAUGAGGAGAAUAGACUGCCUAAGGCAGGCUGAUAAGGUGUGGCGACUAGAUCUAGUAAUGGUGAUACUAUUCAAAGCGAUCCCGUUGGAAAGCACAGACGGGGAGAGACUGGAAAAGCACCCAGAAUGCACCCAGCCUGGGCUCUGCGUCAACCCGUACCACAUCAACGUAUCUGUCAGAGAGCUGGACCUGUAUUUGGCCAACUUCAUCAACAGCUAUGAUAUCCUUAGCGGGUCUCUCUCGCCCCACCCGCCUAGGGACAAAGAGAACGAACACGAGGCUAAGAGCAAAGCCACUGGUGUCUUCUCUUCGAAGGAACUAUGGAAGUUGUCUAAAGCGUCAAUCCUCCAAGAGACGGGGUCAGAGUCACCCAGCGGGUCCGGCGGCGGCAUAAAACUGGAGUCCGGGUACUACUGCGGCGGGUACAACAGUCCAGCGCCGCCCGCCUUCGAGCCGCCGGCGGAGAGAGCCACGCCGUCCAUGAUCGUCGGGCCUUGCUUCAACAUCCCGCACAGCUCAGCAGGUCUCAGCGUCGCUCAGUCCCCGCUGGUUCCUUCUAACACCAUAUUCUACCAGCACGCGCCGCCGCCCACCGACACGCAUCCCACAGCAUCAGACCAGCUGACCAGCCAGCACUCGAGCGGGAAGUACGACGGCGCGCCGCAGGACUCGCUGGACUUCGUCACGUUCGUCUGCCAGGAGCCCUCGGCGGAUGUGCAGCAGUUACAGGUCCACAGUCUAUCCCGGAGUCCGAAGCCCGCCUACUUCAGCAGCACGAUGCUGCCGCCGCCGCCGCUGCCGCCCAUGGCGCGACCCGUCGCCAUUAUCAGGUCAACAGCAAGCGAGAUGGUGGGCAGCGGCGGCGGGUCGCCGGCGUCGCCGGAGGUGCGCUCGCCGCCGGCGUCGCCGCGCCGCCGCUCGCCGCACGCCUACCGCGCCGACUGCCACCCGCCGAUAUCGCACUUCAACCACUUCCACGCGCAGCCGCAGCAGGUACGAUACAACCCCGCUUGCCUCUCCCUAUGGCCUCGCUGGGCACUUUGGUAUUCGCGAGCUACGGCUCGCUAG